AUGGAGAAACAGAUCAACCUGAUGAUGAAGGGCUUCAAUGAGCUACAAGAGGUGAUUAAUCGGAAGCCGCAGAACUCCGUGUGGAACCCUCCUUCCAGCAGCAAAAUCAACCCAAGUAAAGCGUCCCAAGUGAUCGGGCAGUACUACAAGAAACAGGCUGCAGAGCAAACCGUGACUCCCUUACUGGAAGGCUACAUAACCGAAGCAGACAGCUUACAGAAAAGUUUCCUCAUGCGGCCCGGCUGCCCAAGGUACAGCCACAUGGCAACUUCAACAUCUCACCUCGACAACACUUUCCCAAAACUAAAUCACAUGCCCGUUAACCUGAGUACCAUGGCGUUGUCCUCCCAGCUGUCUUUGGAUGAUUGGAACGCGCUCUGCCCAUAUCCGGAAAGCUUGGAUUUCAUCUGCCCAUGUCACCCGGCCACAUUCAGUCAAAGCAUGGCUGGACUGCAGAACUGGAAAAGCUUCACUGAAAUCUCGGCUUCCUAUCCCCAACCCAAAGGCCCCUCGGGGCCCAGAGUUCCAUGGUAUGUCUCUGUGCUCAACGAGAAGGAUAAACUUCUGCAGAAGCUCGGGUCAGAGCUGAGCCGUCUCUCCAAGUGCGAGGCGGAAUGCACCCGGAAGGAUGAGCUAAUCUCGGUCCUCCGGGAGGAGGCGGACAAUACACAGAGGCAGCUGGACCAGCUCCAGAAGGGGGGCAUCCUCAUCCAAGAGGGGCCUCCCGAAGCGAAGGCAAUGGCCAAAGAAGCCAAGGGAGAAGUUUUUGAAGAAAGGGCACCUCGGAGGGGCUUGUCGUUGCCAGUCCACUUAGGGCAAAAAGGCAUCCCAGAUGAGUUCAGGCAAGAGAUCGAGCACUUAAAAUUAGAGCUGUCCCAGUCGGAGAAAGUGCUGGGCUUCAAGAUGAACACCCUGUCUGAAACGCUGCUGAAGAGCCAGGAAGAGCUGGAGCAACUGGAGAAAGAGUACUUGGAGCUGCAUCAAAAGGAACAAGAGGAGAGCAGGGAAGAGCUAAUCUGUGACGUCGGAUCCAGAGCGACUUUGGGAGGAGAGGAAGAGCAGGAGCUCGAGCCAGGAGGGGAAGAGGAAACUGCCCUGCGCAAGCUGCAGGAGUCCCAGAGAAUGAACAACGAACUGUACAGCGAACUGGAUAAAGUGAAGAACAAUUAUGAUGUCGCCACGGGCGCCAUUUCUUCCUUGCAAAGGCAGCUCUCGUUUGAGGAGUCUCAGCUCCGCAGAGCCCACGCCGAGCGGGACUUGCUCCAGAAGGAGCUGCAGGAACGAGGAGUCCAGCUGGAAGCCAUGUCUGCCAAGUUUUGCAACCUGCGAGAGGAGAGGAAGCACGAAGAAAUGAUGGGCUCCAUUGAGAGAGAAAAUAACGCACUUCGGCAGGUGGUCUCUGAGCUGGAGUCCAAACUGGCCGAGAAGACCCAGCUGAUUGAGGAGCUGCAAGGCGACGUCAACCGGCUCCAGGCCCAGCUGGUGAUAAACCAGCUCCAAACCAGCAAGCAGCUGACCCAGCAGAAGGAACUGCAGAGGCAGCUGGAUGUCCUGCAGAGGGUGGAGCAGCAGACCAGAGUCAUGCUGGAAGCCAUCGGCACCAGGUUUGAAAGGUUUCGAAACAAAAUCCUUCAGGCGACCUACAGUACCCCCGGCACCAAAUCGCCCCAGUCGGAAAUCGGAGACGACGAGGUGUUGGAGACCUUGCAGAAAAUAAUAAACGACCGUUUGGAAUUCCACCAAAUGCUGCGGCAGAAGGGGGUGAAACUCCCAUCUCUGAGCACGGAGCAACCUGUGAUACUACCUCCUGUGAAGACGAAAAAGGGCUCAAAUCCUGGCAUCCACCUCAUCGUUUCCGAAGCCUGCCCUUGUGAUGGUUUCGGAGAACAGAUUUGCUUUCUCACGGUCACGCCUGGAAGCAAAGUCACUUUGACUGUCUCACUCUCCAUCUCUGGCAAACACCCAACAUACAUAGUGCUGUGGUACAAAUUCUAUUCUGGCCAAAGCCCGCAGUUCAACAGCUACCGAAGAAGAUUGACCCCUGGGGUGAACCCAACCAAAAGGAUGUCUGUAGCCAACAAUGGCCAAGCCCUGACCUUGCUUUCGAUCGACGAGGAUGAUUUUUACCCAAACCUUUUCUGGGCAGAAUUGAAGUCCCCCUUGCCGCCCAGCAAAACAGCCGCAGUCGAGGCCUACGAUCUGAUGGACUUCCAGAUGAUAAACCCUUCCCGCCUGAGAUACUUUUUCGUGCUGGAUAGGGUGCCUAUAGAAAUCGGAGCAUUCUUGGAAGGAGACACCGUCGCCGUCCGGUUGCCCCAAGACCUCCGGGUUUCUCCUUCCAGUUUUGUCGAGUGGAUCAAGGAACCCCGGCCGAUGACACUGCUCGACAGCCAUGCAGUGGUACUGGCCAGCGGUGUGGAAAAGAUUGAGAUCAGAGGAUUAAUGGAUACCGACUUCAGUUAUAUUCGAGCCCUGGUCUAUGAUUUUUCCUCUGAGGUCCCUGGAAGAGUCUUGGUAGCCCAGAGACUCUUCUUAAUAAAGAAAGAUGUCACCAAAACCUGCAACGGAAGUCGGGCCCCAGAGAACUGCUUUUGCAAUCCGGGAUUUGUGGGGAACGGAGUACACUGUGUCGAUGUAGACGAGUGCAAAAGAGGGAUGCCGAUGAACUGCUUGCCCGAGGCAGAGUGCGUCAACGGAUAUGGGUCGUAUUCCUGCCGCUGUCCGCAAGGGUUCGAAGGAGAUGGCCUGUACAGCUGCAUAGAUGUAGAUGAAUGUGCAAGGGGAAGCCACGGCUGUAACCAAGAUGCGACUUGUUUGAAUAUUCUGGGCUCCUACAUCUGCGUGUGUCCAAGCGGCUUUAUCGGCGACGGGGUUUGGUGCCAAGCCAAAAGCACCUGGUCGCCAUGGUCUCCGUGGUCUCUCUGUUCUGCCACCUGUGGCUUCCAGAACCAGAUGCGGAUCCGCCAGUGCACUCACCCAGAGAGCGGCAUGCGGUGUGUGGGGCCUUCUUCGGACAUCCAGCUCUGUCCCGACCUUCAUCCCUGCCCAGCCAACGGCCAGUGGUCAGAAUGGUCCCCCUGGGCGGUGUGUUCAGAGACAUGUUCCGGGUUCAAGAAACGGCUCCGCGUAUGCAACAACCCUGCACCUUCCAGAGGAGGUCUACCUUGUGAAGGGGAGGAGGAGGAAGUGGCCCCUUGUAACAAGGACAAAUGUCCAGUUGAUGGAAUGUGGUCUACUUGGGCAUCGUGGACGCCGUGCCCCGCCUCAUGUGGGCUGGGGGUCGUGAGACGGUCUCGGCAGUGCAACAGCCCCUCCCCUGAGAAUGGCGGAAGGAAGUGCAGUGGACACGGAUAUGAGGAAAGCUCUUGCGGGUUUCCGGAGACCUUCUGCAAAUACUUGAAGAAACUGUCCAAAUCGACGAGAGCCGGAAAACUGAUCCAGUGA